AUGGCAGAUAAUGGUAAUGGAGAUAAUCCCCUAUGUAUUCAAUAUCCACAGCUAGAUGCUAACUUUGAACUUAAGUCUGGACUGAUUCAUUUGUUGCCCAAGUUUCAUGGCCUUGCAGGGGAGGAUCCACACAAGCAUCUGAAAGAGUUUCAUGUGGUUUGCUCAACCAUGCGGCCACAAGGAGUAGAUGAAGAGCAGAUCAAGCUGAGAGCCUUCCCAUUCUCACUUGAUGGAUCAGCCAAGGAUUGGCUCUAUUACCUGCCACCAGCUGCUAUCACCAGCUGGGAUGGAUUGAAAAGGAUCUUCCUGGAAAAAUUCUUUCCAGCCUCCAGAACAGCAUCAAUAAGGAAGGAAAUUUGUGGUAUAAGGCAGAUGAGUGGUGAGACUCUACAUGAGUAUUGGGAGAGGUUCAAGAAGUUGUGUUCCAGCUGUCCUCACCAUCAGAUAAGUGACCAACUCCUAAUUCAGUAUCUCUAUGAAGGUCUAAUCCCCAUGGACAGGUACUUGGUAGAUGCUGCAAGUGGAGGAGCUUUGGCAGAGAAGACCCCAGCAGCUGCACAAGAACUGAUAUCAAAGAUGGCACAAAAUGCCCAGCAAUUUGGCACCAGAAUUAACACUCCUACAAAAGCCAUCAAUGAAGUCAAUGUGGCUGCCACUAUGGACCAGCAAAGGAUGGAAAACAAGCUUGAGGAAUUGGCUUCCAUGGUCAGGCAGUUGGCAUUAGAGAGAAAGCAACCCCAGCUUUGUGGCAUUUGCUCCUUGCCAUCCCAUACAACAGACCAAUGCCCACAGUUGCAAGAAAAUAAUGAGACAUGUGAUGAUCUUGUCAAACAACUAGCAGCCAAUACACUCCAAUUCCAACAAAAAACAGAAACCACCAUUCAAAAUUUGGAGACCCAAAUAGGCCAGCUAGCCACAAACAUCAAUGAGUUAAGGAGUCAAGGUUCCGGGCAGCUUCCUUCACAACCAGUUGCCAAUCCAAGGGGUAAUGUUAGUGCCAUCAUGCUUCGAAAUGGGAAAGAAGUAAUCAACCAAACCCCUCCACCAUCAUCAAACAUGGAGCAGCAUGUAGAGAAGCAGAAUGUAGAGGGUAGCAAAGAGCAGCAACCCUCCUCAGUCCAAGAAGCCAAGCAACCAAACUCCAGCUAUCAAGAACAAGGAGAGUCUUCCAACAUCCAGCCCCUGCCAUUCCCACAUCGAGCAACACAAAACAAGAAAAGAGCAGAGGCCGAAGUGGAUAAAGAGAUUCUGGAAACAUUCCAGAAAGUUGAAGUCAACAUUCCCCUCCUUGAAGCCAUUAGACAGAUCCCCAAGUAUGCAAAAUUUCUCAAGGAUUUGUGUACUCACAAGAGGAAGCUUAUGGGGAAUGAGAAGAUCAACCUUGGGAGAAAUGUCUCUGCCCUUAUCCAACCUGCCAUGCCAGCAAAGUGUAAAGAUCCAGGGAUGUUCUCCAUUCCUUGUACUAUAGGAGACAUGCAAUUUAGCAAUGCUUUACUAGAUUUAGGUGCAUCCAUUAAUGUCAUGCCUAACUCUAUUUAUGCUUCAUUGCAGUGUGGUCCUUUGAAGCCAACAGGAGUGGUUGUCCAACUAGCCAAUAGAAGUACUGCACACCCCACUGGAGUCCUAGAAGAUGUGCUGGUUAAGGUUAAGGAUUUAAUCUUUCCAGCAGAUUUUUAUGUUUUGAAUAUGGAAGAUAACAGCACACUUGAGCAUGCACCCUUGAUCCUAGGGAGACCAUUCUUAAAAACUGCUAGAACUAUUAUCAAUGUGCAUGAGGGUACACUUUCCAUGGAAUUUGCUGGUAACACAAUUAACUUCAAGAUACUUGAUGCCAUGAAAUUCCCUGCCGAGGAUCAUUCCACUUUUCAAGUAAAUAGAGUUGACCUGUUAGUGAAUGAAGCAUGUUCUGAGUCUUCUGAUUUAAUUGAUGAAUUCCCCACUGUGCAUGAGUUCCCAGAUACGAUUAACAUGAGUUUAGGCGAUGAUGCUCAGGUUAUUGCUGAUGUACUAUUGAUUCAUGAAAGGAAAGAGCUUGUUGUUGGGGAAAUUGAUAAUUAA